AUGGAAUGUGACCGGUUGCAUAUCAGCCGCGUGCACGGUUUAUGUUUUAAAAAAUCCUGACCGUUACGUUUGGUUCGUUAGCUUGUUAGCUUGCUGAAAAGAAAAAAUAAAGUUAACCGCGACGAUGGAGUGGAAACCGAUGGAAAUAAACCCCGAGAUGCUGAAUAAGGUGCUGAGUAAGCUGGGUGUGAAGCCAGACUGGCGCUUUGUGGAUGUGUUGGGCUUUGAGGAUGAUGCCAUUGCUGGAGUGCCCACGCCCUGCUGUGCCCUGAUGCUCCUCUUCCCAUUGACCCAACAGCAUGAGGAGUUUCGCUCCAAGCAGUCGGUUGACCCGUGCAAGGACGUCUACUUUCUGAGCCAGACGGUGGUAAACUCCUGCGGGACUGUAGGAUUGCUGCAUGCCGUGGCCAACAAUCAGGAUAAAUUCGGUUUCGAAAGUGACUCUACCUUGAAGAAAUUUCUCGAAGAAACAGCUGGAAUGUCCCCUGAUGAACGAGCCAAAAAGCUGGAGCAAAAUAAGGAAAUUCAGACAGCUCAUGAUGAAGUUGCUGCAGAGGGACAGUGUCGUCCAGAAUCCGACAAAGUGAACUUCCACUUCAUCACCUUUGUCAACGUAAACGAUCAGGUUCAUGAACUUGAUGGCAGAAUGAAAGGACCUGUGAACCAUGGUGCAACGAAUCCAGAAAGCUUUGUCAUGGAUGCAGCAAAGGUGUGCCGUGCGUUUAUAGAGCGAGAGAAAGGGGAAAUGCGAUUCUCCGCCGUGGCACUCUGUAAGGCCUGAAGAUGAGCGGUACCCUACUACUGACUGACCAAAAACUUCCCCCUCCCUUUCAGGCCCGAGCACAUCAAUCCUGCACAGUCCACACAAGCCGCCUGCUUAUGAAUCUCACACACUGUUCAUUCUUUUCUCUAUAUCUGCCUUUCUUCAUAACUGCCAGGCUUCUGUGCUGUUUGUACGUUAUUUGUAGUCUUUGCACAAGUUGCCUAAUUGACACGUUACUUCAGUUCUAAAUAAGUUGUCGGCUCGUCAUCUUAAUGCCGAUUGGCUCAGAUUUCGGAUGUACACAUCACCAGGAAACUUGUGUGUGAUCUGGUGUAGAGUGCUAUGCUAAUCUAGCUGUGAGUAAAGAAUGGGUGACCUGGGGGUUUCAGUGAUGCUGUUCAGCACAAAUGUUUCCCAUUGUUGCUCUUACGGGGAAUCUCUUCUGUUAUUGUGAUUACUGCUAACGUAGUUAAAUAAAUAAAUGCAAAGAAACAA